UGGAUCAGUCUCUCGCGGACUUUUCAACAGUGAACACUCAUUUUUAGCGGAAGCUCCAAUCAAUGAUUAUCAACGAAAUAAAUCGAUAAUAUAUUUUUUUUCAUCAUAAAUUAUCAAAAAAAAAAAAAUAUUUCUCUAAGCAAAACAUUGUGGCAUUUAUAAAAUUUUUUGAAAAAUUAAUUUUUUUAACAAUUUUUUCAUUCAUUUGAAAAGUGUCAAAGGCACAUAAAUAAUGUGGACUUUUUUUCCUGUGCUUUUAAUAAUUCCAUUUCGAACAGUAUUAGUGUGAUAAAGUUUAAAGUUCGCCAUUAAAAAAAAAAAAAAAAAAAAUUAAACAAAAUGAAAAUUUGGAUCAUACUCGUGUGCCUCGCAGGUAUUACCUUGGGACUACAGGAGCAAGAAACUAUCAAUAAUUCAAUACCUGGACCGAGAAUUUCGGAAGAAUACGACAAAGAACACGACGAACAAGGAAUUCGAAGAUUCGCCUGUCCUGUUGGAUUUUUUCGAUUAAAACGAUUUUGUUAUUAUUUAAGUGCAGGCAAAUCACCCUGGAAUGAAGCACAUUAUCAUUGUAAAGAUAGAAAUGCCACUCUCUCAAUUCUCGAUAGAUAUGGAAAGGAUAAAAUGUUGCGAAAGCAUCUAAUGGGUGAACAAUUUAUGCAACUCGAUAGAUGGAUAGGUGGAAUAUAUAAUUAUAAAUUAAAAAUUUGGACUUGGGGAACUUCGGGCAAGCAAAUUGAUUUUCAAAGUUUUGAAAGACAACCCCAAAACCCACUGCCUUACAGUUGUAUUGUAAUGGAUCCCUCAGCAAAAUAUAAGUGGAAAGCAAAGAGUUGUUUCGAAAGUAAAUUUUAUGUUUGCGAAGUACCUGCAGGUGGAAUAGGCAGGCGUCGUAAGAAAACAGUCGAUCCAUUUGCCCCCGAAAAUCAACGUCUAAGGGGUAGAAAGAAGGGAAAGAAGAAUAUCUUAAAAGAAAAUAAACACAAAAAACAUCGGCAAAAUAAAGGCAGAAUUGCUCACGAGAAGAAAGAGUGGAGACAACAAAACCCAAACCAGGAAUGGAAUCACGGAGUUAAACUUGGAUCAAGGCCACCGUCGAGAAUAAGAAUGGCACCAGGUGCAAUGCCAAGUGAUAGAAUGCGUCAUCAUCCUAUUGACAGAACCUAUCAAGGAUCAAUGAUCCCUCGAGUUUCGCAAAUUUCAUCUCAGGGUAAAGAAUACGGAGCAUUUUUAGGCGACAGUCCAGCAAAUAUUCAACGUCAACAAAAUUUAGCGGACAUUAGCAAUGCUCUAACUGAUUUUCAUGAGCAAAUUCUACUAAAAACUUGAAAACAAAAGAAUAAUAUCUAAAUUGUUUUUUGUAUUUAUUUUACCAUCCAUUUCAUUGGAGCCAGUCGUUAAACGUAAGAUUUAUUUAAAAAAAAAAAAGAAACGAAAUACAGUGAGAAAAAUCGAACUGUAUAAAAAAAAAAUACGUUCAAGAAUGCAUUUUAUCGAAAACGACCUUUGCGAAAAUUUAGUUACCCGUACGAUAACUAAUGAAGGCUAUUACAUAGAUUUAAGAGAAAGUAAUGUUACUAUUUAUUGAUGUGUUCAAUUUCAAAUUCCACCUUUUUCUGGUAUUAGCAAUAAAAAAAAAUUUGAGUAAAUCACCUUGCCCUAAAGAGUGACUACUAGUCGAUGAAAUAAAGCAAUGAUUAAAUCAUAUGCUUGAAAAUUAAAACUAACUAGAAAAAAAACUAUAUUUAAAAUAAAAAAAAAUAGUGUUUAACUGUCUCUUGAGCCAAUAGAAUUUGUUAUCUGCAUUUUAACGAAAUUAUCACAAGAAAAUUAUUUUUUUAAAAAAUAUUUUCCAGUUUUUUUUUUGUCAAAUUACUGAUUUACUUUAAUUUGUUUUCAUUUUUUGCCACUAUAUCUAUAAAGAUAGCGAUAAGUUUAAAUUUAGAUGGAUUAACGAAAUUUCCGUUUUUUUUUGACUUGUAAAUAUGUUCAACACGUCAAAUUUAAGUGAAAAAAAAAUAGAUUGUGUUAGAAAGAAAAUAAAUCAUUUCAUGUAUA